AUGAAAGAGAGAAUUUCAAGGAACAGCAUUGAUGUACUAUACAAUGAUGCUGGAGAUAAACUGGUUACCACAGAUGAUAUCAAAGCAGAAAUUAAGGGGUUUUAUGUGAAGCUUAUUGGUACUGCAGCUCCUCAUCUCACUGGUAUUGAUAUUGAGCUUGUUAGAGAGGGCAAGCAACUUUCUCCUCUAGCUGCAGAAAAUCUGAUUCAGCCUGUUACCAACAAAGACAUUGAUGAAGCUCUUAAAGGCAUUGAUGUGAACAAAGCCCCAGGCAUUGAUGGUCUAAAUGGUCUUUUUUUCAGGAAAGCUUGGGAUAUAGUGAAGGAGGAAGUGUAUGCAGCUGUUAAAAAUUUCUUUCAGACAGGGCAUAUGCUGAGGCAAGUGAAUAAUAUUGUGGUUACCUUGGUACCAAAGAUUUAG